AUCACAUUUAGUUAAUUUCUCGACAGAUUAAAAUAGAUUUUCAAGAAAGAAAGUUGGUGUAAAAGAGUGAAAAUGCAGGCCAUGAAAGAAACAGCAUCAAACUUUGCCGCUUCGGCAAAGUCUGGCAUGGAGAAGACCAAAGCUGUUGCUCAAGAAAAGAUGGAGAGGAUGACAGCAGACAACCCAACAGAAAAGGAGAUGGCAACAGAAAAGAAAAAAGAAAGAAUCAACGAAGCCGAAAUGAACAAGCAAGAGGCUCGAGACAAGAAUGCAGCAGCUAGACAAGGCUAUUCUACUACUGGCACUGAAAAGACGCAUUCCUACUCGACCACUGGAGCCACUGGGCACCCAACUGGUGCGCAUCAGAUGUCAGCAUUGCCCGGCCACGGCAGUGGCGAACCGGCUGGACAGGUGGUUGAAGGUGUGGUGCAGUCUCACCCCAUUGGAACUGCCACUGGAACUCAGAGAUCUUCGGCUGCACAUAAUACACAUGGUGGUGGUGGGGUUAACACUGGCUAUGGCACUGGUGGUUCUUAUAGUUAAAAUUUCUGAUUUAGCCAUUGUAGCUUAAUUUGGUGUUUGUUACUGUUUCUUUUCUUUUUUGUUUCUUUCUUUGUUAAGAGUGAUGCAUAUUUUUGUCCUUUUAAUUUUAAUAAGGCGAAUGAUGUAAGUGGUGUAUGUGAAUUUGUGCUUAGACAACACUUUUAUCAUUUCAUAAA